GCAGCCAAUGACAGCAGGGGUCAGUGUUACGUCUGAGCUACGAUAGGCUGGAGGAAAUCGGCCCAUGACCAGCCCCUCCUCUUCCGCUCCAUCGCCAUGGCGGAGAUCAGCGAGUCGCUUCUGUCGGUGUCGCCGGCCUCGGCGCCCACAAGGACGGUUGUGAUUCCCCUUCGCGCCUCGGUGGGUCUGUUUCGGGGACGUCUGUGGUGGCUGACGAAACAUGCUUUGACAGGGAGCGAGCGAGGAUCAAUGACUACAACUCCCAGAAGGCCCCACUGAUGACGUUGUGGUGUUGUUUCGGGCUUUCCCACCACAGAUGUAAGGCUCAAUGGUCUAUAAUUAUCUGGACUAUCCCUACUACCCUUUUUGAACAAGGGGACAACAUUCGCCUCCCUCCAAUACUCCGGUACAAUUCCCGUGGACAAUGGGGACAUAAUGAUCUUCGCCAGAGGCUCAGCAAUCUAUUUCCUUGCCUCGGAUGCAGAACUGGGAAGCGCAGAUGGAGUUCAACACAGAUGAAGAGGUUCAUUUCUGCAGGUCAAAUUUGAACACAGAAUAUAAUAUUAAUGCCCAUCACGCCUACCGGGACACAGGCCGUCAACAGCAGCUCAUCAGAUUCCCCUCGUCUCAGAUUCAAUCGUCUUCCAGGGGAUGGACCGUCCGAUCUCAGGGAUGAGGCCUUUGGAGAUUAAUUUGACAUUUCUGUGCACUGCCACUUUUCGGGACCAGGUUGCAAACCCCAGGCCCAACGCCGCUCCUUUCGGAGCCGGGUUCAGGCAGUCCACGGCCGAGUACUCAUUUCUGUUCUGAUCUGUUUAAUGCGUUGCUGAUCUCACUCUGCGAUGGAAAUUACCACUAUUACUUCCCAUUGAACACAUCCAGCAGCAGAAUGUUCAUUCCCUGAGACUGUUCCGACAUGCUUAAUCUGUUUCUGAUCCCUCCCUGAUAUAGAUACAAUUCCUCCCCCAGACAGCAACAUAAUGUUCACUCCCUGAGACUGCAGUGCGCGUAGUGGACAAUCGCGGUACUGCAGGGGAUCAGCAGCUCCCCGAAGGUGAAAGCAUUCUGAAUCAGGAAGUGCCCGGAGUUAACAUGGCUACCAAAGGAGAGACCGAGAGUUUGAGCGAGGAGGUAAUUUGUCCCGUCUGCCUGGAUUUCUUCACCGAUCCGGUAUCACUGGAGUGCGAACACAACUUCUGUCGCUCUUGUAUCACACGAUGUUGGGAAAGGGAGCAAAGAAACCCCUGCCCGGAAUGUGGAGAAAUGAUUGCUGACGACACCCUUAGGGUGAAUCGGGCCUUAGCAAAUCUGACACAAAAAUUUCGGAAUUUAAACCUGAACCAGAAAGGGAAGGAAAGUAAACGUCAGUGUGAGGAACAUGAGGAAGAACUGAAGCUGUUUUGUGAAACGGACAAGACACUGAUCUGUGUGAUCUGUGCAGCUGCGCAGGAACACAGAGAGCACCGCUUCAAGACGAUUAAAGAAGCUGUUAAAAUUUACAAGGAUCAGCUAAAAUCUUCCUUAGACUCUCUCACAAAAAAGAAAUCAGACUUCCAGGAAAAGGAGCAGCAACAGAAAGAGAAAAUUUCCGGAGUUCAGGAACAGUCACACAGCCUUCUGUCCCACGUCACAGCACAGUUUGCUGAACUGCGCCAGAUUAUCACUGAGAAGGAGCAAAUCUUACUCAGGGAUCUCAGGGAAGAAGAGAAGAGGAUUCUCAACCCAAUGGAGAAAAAUCAUCUCGCUCUUCAAGAGAAUAUAAGGAUUAUUCAGGAGGAAAUCACUAAGUUAAAGGAACAAAUGGAUCAAAAAGACAACGUGAUAUUUCUCAAGGAGGAAUCUCGUCGGAACAGGAGGAUUAAUGACGAUCUCCAGGAAUUGUCAGUGACUGAUGAGACCCUAUCGGUUGAAAAAUUCGAUCACCUCUAUUUGUUGAAAACAGUGCUGAGAGAAACGCUUGAUGCUAUUAAUCGAUAUUGGUUCUACCGGCCGCUAAUGAAGCUGGAGGACGAAGAAUACAGCAAGACGUGCAUUCGAUGCAUACUGCGGAAGACUGUCGACUCGGGCAGCUCCCUUGUCAUAUUUGUAGAGUGCAGGACCUCUGGACCUAGUAUGGAUUUCCUGUUGAUAGACCCCGAUGCAGCAACGCGGCCAAUGUAUUAG